AUGACCAUAAUAACAUCGCUGACUUCUGUGCUAUAUGAUGACAAAGAAUUUCCCAACCCAGAGAUGUUUGACCCUGGCCACUUUUUGGAUGAGAGUGGCAACUUUAAGAAAAGUGACUACUUUGUGCCUUUCUCAACAGGAAAACGGAUGUGUGCAGGAGAAGGCCUGGCUCGCAUGGAGCUGUUUUUGUUCCUGACCACUAUUUUACAGAACUUUUACCUGAAACCUCUGGUUGACCCAGAAAAUAUUGACACCAGUCCAGUUGCAAAUGGGUUUGGCCAUGUGCCACCUUCAUACCUGCUCCACUUCCUUCCUGUGUGAAUGGCAGUCUGCCUGGAUGCUGCUGUGCUGUCACCUGCAACUUCUCCACAAUGGGGCCCUUAUCCACGUUCUUCCCAACAUCAUGGGUUCCUAUUCUCAGCUCUUUUCACAUAUCUCUCCUUCUCUCAUCCAGUUAACAUACAAUCCUCUUUAAGCAGAAUUUUCCAGGCCACUGACCACAUACAUCUGCUAUUCAUUAUAUUCCA